UUUCUGCCCACAUUUUUCAGACUUAGAAAAUUUCCCUAGCACUAAAUGGUUUGUAUCUCAAAUGCGUAAAAGAAACAGUUUCUCAGGAGCUUGUCUGUCUUCCCAUGGAGUGGUUGCUCCUGCCAGUGCGAGGAGAGUCGGGACUGUGCAGCAGGUGUUGGCUGAGGGGAGUGCACAGCUGGAGCAGGUGGGACACGCUGGCACUGUGCAGAUGUGGGCCCUGCAGACUGUGCUUCUUAGGCAAGUGCACUGGAUUACUCUGUGUUUCCCAGCUAAGAUUUCUAUGUGUGCCUAAUGCUGCUGUUCGUUCUGCAGGUUUCUUUUGAAGCACAAACAUUGUUUACAUUUUAUCUGACCAACGUCAUUAAAAAAAUACAGACUCGGAGGAGGCAAAACACAUUGGGUUUUUUUAACAAAGGAAACGUUUUAAAAAUAAGAUUGUAGUCUGUGAAAUUAUCAAACUGAAACCCUCUACAGCUCAUAUAGUAGAAAUAAUGGGAAACAUUCUACUAUUGGGGAGGAAAUGCACCGUAUCUUUAAAUUUCCAUCUGCUCCCUGUGAAAAGGUGUCCUGUCAUGGCAUAAGUCACAUAUCUGCGUGCUGUUGGCAGAAGUGAGCGCCCUCUGACUUCCUGGCGCUGCUGACACGCACUGGGCGCUGGGCAGGGAUUGCGUGGCUGCGGAGUGACCUUUCGCACAGCCUUCUCCAGGCGGGCUUAACCCUUGGGACGCGCACUAGUUCCUCACGGGGCUCUCGCUAGGCUCGGGAACAGAAGCCGGACCCCAGUCUGACACAUUCCGCCCACAGCUAAGCUGAUUUAGCGCCAAAUUGCAUCCCGCUUUCAAAAGCCCUCUAGGAGCAGGGAGGCUGCAGCCAUGCUCCCUGCCCGGUCCCUGCUGCCCGCUGCGGUGUUGGCACUGGCAGCCCUUCAGGCUCUUGCCUCCGACACCUUCCUGGCAGCCGUGUACGAGCACGCCGUCAUCCUGCCCCAUGCCAGCGCCCAGCCCGUCCCUGCCAGCCACGCCUUGGCCCUGAUGGGCAGGAACAUGGAUGUCUUGGAAGGGGCCGUCAGGGAAGCUGCCCGCCAGGGUGCACACAUCAUUGUGACUCCUGAGGACGGCAUCUACGGCUGGCGAUUCACAAGAGAAUCCAUCUACCCCUACCUGGAGGAUAUCCCUGACCCGGUGGUGAAUUGGAUUCCCUGCACUGACCCCUCAAGAUUUGGUCCAGCACCAGUGCAGGAACGCCUCAGCUGCAUGGCCAGAAAUAACUCCAUCUAUGUGGUUGCAAACAUCGGGGACAAGAAGCCGUGUGACUCCAGCGAUCCCGGCUGCCCCAGGGACGGUCGCUACCAGUACAACACGGAUGUCGUCUUUGACACACAGGGCAAACUGGUGGCUCGCUACCACAAGUAUAAUCUCUUUGAAGGAGAAGGUCAGUUUAAUUAUCCAAAAGAGCCAGAAGCUGUCACCUUUGAGACUCCUUUUGGGAAGUUUGGCAUUUUCACUUGCUUUGACAUCCUUUUCUACGAGCCUGCCGUAGUCCUGGUGAGCGAGAUGCAGGUGGACACUGUGCUCUUCCCAACAGCUUGGAUGAAUGUCCUGCCCUUUCUGACUGCAGUUCAGUUUCACUCUGCCUGGGCCAUGGGCAUGCGUGUCAAUGUCUUAGCUGCCAAUACUCACAACACCAGCAUGGAAAUGACAGGGAGUGGCAUUUAUGCACCAGCUGGAGCCAGAACAUACUCCUACAACAUGAAAACUGAAGAUGGUCAACUCCUCAUUGCUGAACUAGAUGCACACCCUCGUCUUUCUCCUGCCGCCCCCCCUGCUGUCAGCUGGAACUCAUAUGCUUUGAGUGUUGAAAGAUUCUCACAGAAUGACCAUGAAUUCACAGGAAUCAUCUUUGAAGACCUCUUUACUUUCACGGAGCUCACUAAGCCUGGGGGGAAUCUCACUGUCUGCCAAAAAAACCUCUGCUGUCACUUGACAUACAAUAUGGCAGAGAAAAGAGAUGAUGAAGUUUAUGUCCUGGGUGCUUUUGAUGGCCUUCAUGUUAUUGAAGGACAGUACUAUCUGCAGAUCUGCAGUCUGCUCAAGUGCCCAAGCACAAACCUGAGCACAUGUGGGCAGCCUGUGGAGAUGGCUCAGACCAAGUUUGAGAUGUUCUCCCUCAGUGGCACGUUUGGCACCAGCUAUGUCUUCCCAGAAGUGUUGUACAGCGGGGUGCAGCUGGCCCCUGGGGAGUUCAAGGUGCUAAGUGAUGGACGUCUGACAAGUCAGAAUACUACAUCAAAGCCAGUUUUGAGUGUAACACUCUUUGGGAGGUGGUAUGAGAAGGACCCUCCACAGACACAUCAAGCUUCAGCAUGAUUUCAUGGCAGAUCCUUCAAGCUUCCAUCUGCUUGUUUCUGUAAAACUAGUUAAUUACAAAGAAUGGUAAUUAAUACUAAUAUUCAUUAUUAAAAUGGCAUUACGUUUCUCAAUUUAUCUAACAGCAUAGUCACUGCACAUUGAUGUAUUGACUUAGUUUUGCAGCAAAAAACUGCUGGACUGUUGUGAAUGUGUUUUUAUAUGAUCACUUUGGUUGGCUAAGGCUUGGCUUUAACACUGGGAACAGUAGAAAAUAUAUUUCUCUGAUUUUAGUGGUGUAGGAUUUGGUGAGUUGUGCCCAAAAAAAGCCAGUUUCCAAAUA